UGUCCGGAACUCUUGCUGGCCGCUCAGUGUCCCGGCUGACGGCGUUCGGCAUGGAGAGGUCAGACACGUUCGUCGAGCAAGGCCGGGGCCUCGCCGUCGUGGUCUCCCGGCUGGAGGAGCUGGGCUUCCCUGGAGUGUCCCGGCGGGCGCUGCGUCGGUGCGCCAACCUCCGUCAGGUGCGUGAGUUGGCCGCGAAGGUGCGCGUGCGUCCGUGGGAUUUGCCGGAGCACCUGCGGGAGGCCGUGUGCGGCGACCAAGCGUACGCCCUCAGCGCAGCCUGUCCCUGCGACAGCUUCGAGCGACUGUGGAGCGACGCGACGCGGGAGAGGGAGCCGAUAAGGAGAGCCCACAGAUUCCUGGAGCGCCAGGUGUGUCCCGUGAUCCUGGAGCGCCUGGCGGCCGCCAUGGGCGUACCCCAGUACGUGGCCAGGGACCUGCGCACGCCCACGCCCAUCCUCUGCCGCAGGGUGCUGAGACACCCUGCAGGCACCGGCACCUCUGUGGAAGCCCUGCGCCAGCACCUCCGUCGGAUAGACCUGUCCUUCUCGGAGCGGCUUGACAAGUACCUGGCUGGCCCUGACAUCGAUGACGUGUUGGUGUCCGCGGCGGUGCGAGGCCACCCGCACAGCUGGCGCUCCGUCGGGGAGGCCCUGUGCGUCGACCGGGCGACCCUGAUCAGCCUCGCCCGGGACGAGCGCUACGACGACUCCGGCCGCAUGUGCAGGAUUCUGCAGUUCGCGGUGGAGGCGGGCCGGCUGCAGAACGACCAGGAUCUGGCCACCGUGCUGAGGAGGUUCCUCGAUCCACACCUUGUCCCUGCGGCGCCCGGCCGAAGACUCUGACGCAGAGGGCCGUGCGUGCCGCUCCGCCCUCGCGCCCGCAGGCCUGCCCUCGUCUUCGGCUCCUCCGCGGCACAGGGUCGGCUGGAAUUCUGCCAAUCACUCUCCUACGGUAGACGAUUAAAAAGACUGUUUGCUGCAAGUCUUAUAUCUCAUUUCAUUCAAAUGGCGACUCGUUGAUUUUUUCCCAAAGAUUACCAGGAGACGGAAAGCCCGCGGUUGAUAAGCCAUAUUCUAUAAACCAUAUACGAGGCAAGUUUAACACUGCAUAACUAAGGAUUAUGUUAAGAAGUGGUAAUUCAGUUUCAUUCGUGCAAGUUACGUACUUUGCUGUGGUUUGUUACUCUUCAGGAAAAACUGUGGCCUUUUGUAGGAAGACGAUUCUCUAGGUAAAGCUCGUGAAGCAUUCGAUUACUUAGGACCAUGAUGGUGGCUGCGCUCAGGGCAACUUUCCAGCCAUGCCAAGCGUCGAGCAAACGCUGCAGAGAAAUAGUCGAAGGCACCCUAGAUUCUUCAUUCGUCUGCCUGGAGGAGCAGGAGGAGACUCAUCUGACGGAUCUAACUCAAUCGGCCCCUCGGGGACCGAUUCUUCAGAUAUAUUCUCAAGAGCGAACGGAGCGACAUUAAUUGCUGAUACGCACCAGUAGAAACGAGGAAGGCGGAGUCACCGCCAAAGGAAUAGUCUGGAAAGCAGAGCAAGCGCAUCGCUGACCAAUGGCGAGGGAGCUGGCGGAGGCCGCCCGUCGGAGCCAGCACUGGAGGUUCCCCUUCCCCUCCAGGAGACGCUUAUGCUGCAUGUGCUGGAAAUGUUCUCUGAAGCUUUUGUUCGUGCGGUUUCUUUUGAUAGUCUUGCGAAUAAAUAAGAAUGAACUGAUACCCAACUGAGAUAACUGUCUAGGCAUCAUGAGAUUUAAUCUUAUGUUUAAAAGGAGACACCUGCAAACACAACACAAAUACAGCUUCACAAUAGCCCUCUUAUCCACAGCACUAAAUUUCUUACAAAUUCUUCGAUUGCCGGGACGCCAGGCUGUCCCAACGGCGGACCAGACACAGAGAACACUCAAGGCGUCUGCUCUCGAGUUCGCCAAGAGCUCUUAGAAAUAAGCAAGCGAGCAAAGUCUUGGCCUCGCCCGCGGCUGCGGCAUCUGUCGCCGCAGGAGGGCGUUCUCUCUUCAGGGGGAAGGAUACAGUCGGUGCUAAGACUGACCUAAGAGCGCGUAAGGACACCACAGCAGGUUGCUCUUCGUUACACUGGGAGCCUGCCAGUGCGGGCGAACCCACUUCGUGGCCGCCGCCGCCGCGGGCUGUUGGAUGGAAAGCGUCUGCGCUGACGCCGACACGCGCCCACACGAGCGCACGCAGAUACAUCAGAAUAUGUAAUAGUGUCAUAGUGUCAUACAUAUAUCCAUGGUUCUCUCUCUCGACAUUGUUAUGACAUACGGAAUUACCGUGAGCAUCCAGGCGGUAUAAUGGUCUCUAAUUCAAAUGUACAAGAAAACCACUAUAUUAUCUGACAGGUCCAGAGGAAAACUCAGUAUCUGUUUAACAGCUUUAUUGAGAAACAAAUACAUAGUAGGCGGAGGUAAGCGGUAGUCGUGGCGGAGGCGGCGGCAGCUCCUCCGGGCGAAGGGGAGAAGGUGCUCGCGGUUCAAGGGUCGGACUCGUUCUGCCUCCUUCGGGUCAGGCUAGGUCGUAGGUGGCCGCGUGGCUGUUUGAAACGUGGUCCGAGGUCGAGUGGAGAACCAUCGCUUCAGCGAGGAGUAGCUGACGAGUUAUCUGACCUUGUUUGAACUUACCAGACGUGCCCUUGCUCCCGCGGGCUCCGGUCAUCUCACCCGCCUUGCGCCCCCCACAGGGCUGGUCGGCGCCGCGACCUCCGCACUCGGCACUUAUCCAAGACUCGUCUCGUGUGUAUUAUCAAUGUGGUGUACUCUUCCGAAAUAAAGAGUCAAGCCGUCAUACCGCUAUGUC